AUGGGGAAACUUUCUGGAACAGGACAGUAUUUACAUGAGAUAACCGAGGAAGAAGUUGAGCAAGAAACCUGUAACCCAAUAAUUUUACCAGUAGUGACUGUGAGCGGUGCAGGGGGUGGGGUCGGCUCCUGGACUGCUCCGCGCUCUCCGGUCCCUACCUCAUUGGGCACCGCCCACCUCGUGGGCUUCCAGGUGCGAGCCCUCGCGCCGGGCCCAUCUCCCCAAGGGGCCGCGGCGGGCUGGAGGAGACGCCCGGGGCCUGGCGGCGCGCGCGUCCGCGGCCAGGGCGGGUGGGUGGAUGCGCCGAGGAAGCGGCUGGGCGAGGAGCCUCCGCUCCCGGGCCUCGGGUGCCCGCCAAGGGCCACGCGGGCGAGGGGGAAACCCAGAACUUCCCGCCCGGGAGCGACUGCCCCCGCUCCCGGCUCUGGCUGGCUAGGGGGAUGUUCUCGCGAGAGGAGAGGGGGCGCGGGGCACCGCUGGUUUGGGGGCGCGGGGAAGCCUGAGGACGAGGGCCGGGCAGGGAGGGGAGCAGAGGCGGCGGGCAGGGCCGGGGACGCGGGGAAGCCGCUCCCGCCAGUCGCCGAGAGCCAGCCCCUGACGUCAGGAGUUUUCCUCAAAGUCAACAACAAGCCCCGCGGCGACGGCGAGAACCGAUCGGCGGCGGCCCCGAGCGGGAGGAAGGAGGGGGCGGGGAGGCGGCGGGGGUCCCCUCAGCGAGGCGCAGCCCGGGAGGAGGCCGCAGACCCCCUCCCCGCGCCGGGCGCGCCCCGGGGCCCAGAGCCGCCGCCCCGCCGGCGUGACCCGGCCCCCGCCCGGGCGGUGUUUUCUGGUGAUGAAUUUGUAGCCGAUAUCCGAUUCCCAUGUAGAGUCUCCGCCUCCUCCUCUCCCCGCCGCCGCCCUCUCUCCUCCCUCCCCCUCCCGCCGCCGCCGCCGCCGCCGCCGCCUCCCGCUCCAGCUCCGCGGCCCGGCCCGGCCGGCUCCCUCCCUCCCUCCCCUGCAGCCCUUCGCUUGCCCUCCCGCCGGCCGCACCGGGCUCCAGGAGGCCAGAGGCUCUGUGGGGUGGGGGGAGGACAGGAGGGGAGGAGGAGGGAGGGGGGACCCCCGAGUCGCCCCCUCUCCUCCCCCCGCCCCCCCCCGGCUCCAUCCUCCGCCGCCGCCCGAGCAGCUGCGGGGCCGCCACCGCCGCCGCCGCCGUUGCAGGCUGAGUCAUCACUAGAGAGUGGGAAGGGCAGCAGCAGCAGAGAAUCCAAACCCUAAAGCUGAUAUCACAAAGUACCAUUUCUCCAAGUUGGGGGCUCAGAGGGGAGUCAUCAUGAGCGAUGUUACCAUUGUGAAAGAAGGUUGGGU